GUCACGGUGUUCUGCGCUCACCCUCCAUUUCGCGCCGACGCUGGACUCGUUCUGCACUGUGUUGUCGCCGGGCGUUGCUGCAUUUGGCAUCCUUCGGGCUCCUUCAGACCAGUCAAACGUGCUUCAUUCGUCAUUCGUCGCCGCUAGUCCGGCCUGCGCAGGCGCUUCUACACCAGCUCGCUGACCAACUCCCUCUCUUCAUUACCCCCUCCCCCUCCCCGACUUCCCCCUCUUUCUUCCUAGGUCUAUCUACUAUGGCUAUCUCUGGGAUUUCUGCCGCCGUUUCCACCCUCCUGGGGUCCAACGUUUCUGUUCCCGUCCCUUCUGGCAAGGUCGAGCUUCCGAUGGAGGAGGAUGAGCCGUUGACGGCGAAGGGCCUCGCGUCAGAGACAUGCGAGCUUCGCAUAGAAGGCAUGACGUGUUCUGCGUGCGUCGAGUCCAUAGAAGGCAUGCUCAGGACUCAGCCCGGAAUACACUCUGUCAGGGUCGCGUUACUCGCAGAGCGAGGCGUCGUCGAGUAUGAUCCUAAUGUCUGGGACGCGGACAAGAUCGCCAAUGAAAUUGGUGACAUUGGAUUCGAUGCGACCUUCAUCCCGCCCUCGCGCGCCGACGCGGUCACCCUCCGCGUCUACGGAAUGACGUGUUCUUCUUGCACAUCCACUGUCGAGAAGGAGCUAUCUGCCAUGCCUGGAGUCAACAGCGUUGCUGUCUCUCUGGCUACAGAGACCUGCAAAGUGGAGUUUGACCCCACCCUUGUCGGGGCGCGUGAACUAGUCGAGCGCAUCGAGGAGAUGGGCUUCGACGCCAUGCUGUCCGACCACGAGGACGCGACCCAGGCGCGCUCGCUUGCGCGCACAAAGGAGAUUCAGGAAUGGCACCAGCGAUUCCAGUGGAGUCUCGCCUUCGCCGUCCCCGUCUUCUUCAUCAGCAUGGUCGCGCCGCACAUCCCAGGCAUCCGUUCAAUCGUACAGGCCUGCCUCUUGCCGGGGCUCUACUUAGGUGACCUCCUUGUUCUCCUAUUGACCACGCCCGCACAGUUCUGGAUUGGUGCUCGGUUCUACCGCAAUGCGUGGAAGGCUCUGAAGCACGGCGGAGCGACCAUGGAUGUUUUGGUCAUGCUCGGCACAUCCGCCGCCUACUUCUACUCCCUCGGUGCCAUUACUGCCGCGGUGGCCAAGGCUGAUCCCAACUACCACCCGUUCGUGUUCUUCGACACGAGCACGAUGUUGAUCAUGUUCGUCUCCCUCGGCCGCUACCUCGAGAAUCGGGCAAAGGGCCGUACGAGUGCUGCACUGACUGACCUCAUGGCCCUCGCGCCGUCUAUGGCGACGAUCUACACCGACGCGGCGUGCACGCAGGAGAAGAAGAUCGCGACGGAGCUCGUCCAGGUAGGAGACACCGUCAAGAUGGUGCCUGGCGACAAGGUGCCCGCGGACGGUACCGUAGUGAGGGGUUCGUCCGCUAUCGACGAGAGCGCUGUCACGGGCGAGCCCGUCCCUGUGCUCAAGCAGGUCGGUGACCAAGUCAUCGGCGGGACAGUCAACGGUCUCGGAACGUUCGACAUGCUCGUCACCCGCGCCGGCAAGGACACCGCACUCGCCCAGAUCGUCAAGCUUGUCGAGGACGCACAGACGAGCAAGGCGCCGAUCCAGGCGUUCGCCGACAGGGUCGCGGGCUUCUUCGUGCCCGCGGUCAUCACGCUCGCCGUCGGGACGUUCUCCGCGUGGAUGGUCAUCUCGCACGUCAUGCGCGACGACGCGCUCCCCGCGAUGUUCAACGCGCCCGGCGCGAGCAAGCUCGCGGUCUGCCUCCAGAUGUGCAUCUCCGUCGUCGUCGUCGCGUGCCCGUGCGCGCUCGGCCUGAGCACGCCCACCGCGAUCAUGGUCGGCACCGGCGUCGGCGCGCAGAACGGCAUCCUCAUCAAGGGCGGCCGCGCCCUCGAGGCGAGCAGGACGAUCAAGCGCGUCGUGCUCGACAAGACGGGCACGGUCACCGCGGGGAAGCUCACAGUGGUCGCGUCCGCGUGGGCGUCGCCCGAGGGACAGAGGGAGCGCAUGCCGCAGGAGUACGACGAGUCGUUCCUGCGCACGAAGUGCGUGCAUGGCCUCACGCAUGCGGAUAUCAUCGCUAUGGUCGCCGCUACGGAGGCGCGCUCCGAGCACCCCCUCGCCAAGGCCGUGGCAGUCUACGGAAAGGACAUGCUCAACAAGUCGCUCACUGCCGUGCCUGAAGUCGCCAUCGAUGCGUUCGAGGGCGUCCCCGGCGCGGGCGUGAAGGCCAACAUCACGAUCUCCGGCAACAAGGGCGGGUACGUCGUGUACGUCGGGACCGCGCGUUUCGUCAGCCAGUCGGACGCUGCGGACCUGCCCUCGGCGCUGUCCGUGUUCGACAGCCAGGAGGGCGCGCAGGGGCUCACGACGAUCUUCGUCUCCGUGGCCACGGCGACCUCCGCGCCGAGCCCGAUCCUCGCUAUUGCGCUCUCGGACGUGCCCAGGCCGUCGUCUGUGCACGCUAUCAAGGCGCUGCAGGACAUGGGUAUCGAGGUGAACAUGAUGACGGGUGACGGCAGGGCGACUGCCCUGGCCGUCGCGAAGCGCGUGGGGAUCAAGCCUGAAGGCGUGUGGGCGAACAUGAGCCCCCAGGGGAAAGCCUCCGUUGUCACUGAGCUCAUGCAGAAGUACGGCGGCGGUGUCGCGAUGGUUGGCGACGGUAUCAACGACUCUCCCUCGCUGGUGGCCGCCUCCGUCGGCAUCGCUCUUUCGUCCGGAACCUCUGUCGCUAUCGAAGCCGCCGACAUCGUGCUCAUGCGCUCGGACCUGCUGGACGUCGUAGCCGCUCUCCACCUAUCCCGCUCGAUCUUCGGCACCAUCCGACGGAACCUCGUCUGGGCCUGCGUAUACAACAUGCUCGGCAUCCCAUUAGCGAUGGGCAUCUUCCUCCCGCUCGGCAUCCGCCUCCACCCGAUGAUGGCCGGCGCUGCUAUGGCGUUCUCGUCUGUCAGCGUCGUCACCAGCUCGUUGAUGCUCAAGUGGUGGACUCGCCCGCAGUGCAGCCUCAUGCCUGGCGAGGCCAUCCAGCGCCCGACCGUGUCGGGAAGCAUCCGCCUUAUUGCCUCCGACGCGUGGGGCAGCGUCCGCGCUCUCGUCCGUGGCCGGAGAGACACGUCGGGAUACAGCCAGUUGCCUGUAGAGAUGAGCGAGGCAGUAUGAUAUCAUUGAUUGUAUUCGGUGAUAUCGCUGGUAUCUUGGGGUAAGUGCAUUGUAUUCUACUACAUAUUGUUUUCGUGCUGUACUAUAUUGGCUCUCCGUUCUCGCAUGGCUGACACGUUCGUUCACAUUUGUAUCUUCGUAUGGAACAUACCACGCGUACACUAAUCCUCGUUGUGCUAGCAAGUCAAUGUUGGUACCAGUACUGUAUGCAUGUCUGUCGGUCAGGCCUGCAGGUGCGAAGACGACAUGUGCGGUGUGUCCCAUAGGCCCCGGGUGACGGUCUGAUCUGACUGAGUUAAUAUGGCCGGGGUGAGACUAUGUACU